AUGUCCAACUCCUCAACCUCACCCUCCCUGUCCAAUGCACCCCAAUCUUCGGUAGCAUCUCCAAAACCCGCGGCCAAACCCACUCGACGGCGAGAGAAGAUUCAAUUAAAAUGUGACCGCAAUCAACCCUGUAGAUCCUGCUCAGGACGCGGGCUAGCGAAUUCGUGCACUUACGUUCAUCCUGGGGCACACGGCAGAGCGGAGAUGCAGCAAGCACCUCAGGCUUCAUCAAGUGGCAGCAUCCAGAAGAAAAUUAAUCAGCUUGAAAAUCUGGUUGUGUCGCUCAUGGCAACGCUGAAUACAGCAAAGCAGGCUGAGGAAUCCCGCGAGAAUUCUGUUGUCGAGACACCUCCGCCAAGGGAGGAUUUUGUUGCAGCUACUGUUGAAGAAGUAUCUUUGGCAGAUGGUUUUGAGGGAGACUCCAUGUCCAAAUUCUCGGAUAGUUUUGGAAAGAUAAGUUUGGAAGACUCGGGAAUGAAGUACGUUGAAGGUGGGCACUGGACUGCGAUCCUUGAUGGUAUUUCGGAGAUCAAAUGCUAUUUCGAAUCUGAGAGCUCCCAGACACACGUCCCAACCCCUGAGACAAUAGACGUUGACAUUGAAGGGCCCCUAUUGCUGUUCGGCUGCAAUAACCAUGCCACAAAAUUUGAUAUUCUUUCGGCAAUUCCUCCAAGGCCCAUUGUUGACAGAUUACUCUCAAAAUAUUUUAAUCAGAUGGAACUGUCUCCUGUAGCUACACAUGGUCCUACAUUCCUCAAAGAAUAUGAGAACUUUUGGGACAACCCGCCCGGAACACCUGUGAUGUGGCUUGGACUCCUCUUCGCCAUGAUGUGCUUAGCGGUCCACUUCCAGAAAUUCGCUGCAAGCGGAUCAACAACUGUCAAUCCAGCCCUACGAUCAACUCAAGAACAUGAAUAUCAAUUACAAACUUACCGAGAGAAAGUCGCACAAUGCCUCGUACUAGGCAAGUAUACCAAAUCCGUGCCAUAUACUGUUCAGACCCUCCUUCUAUAUUUCACAAUCGAGUAUAUUCAGUGCAAAGAUACACAGGUCGGCCCCUGGAUUCUCAUGGGAAUGAUACUCCGCAUUGCCAUGCGCAUGGGCUAUCAUCGUGAUCCUUCUCAUGACCCACGAAUCUCCCCCUUCCAAGCAGAAAUGCAGAGAAGAUUAUGGGCUGUCCUCGUGCAAGUCGAUCUAGCAAACUCCCACCAAGUGGGAUUGCCCCGCAUGAUCCGAGAAGGUCAAUCGGAUACCAUGGAACCAAGAAACCUGCUCGACACCGAUUUUAACGAGGAUAUAUUGGAGCUACCCCCUUCGAGGCCCCCGACGGACUUUACACCGAUGCUCUAUGUUAUAGCAAAGAAUAAGGUUUUAAAGGGCUAUACCAUGGCCACAGAUCUUAGUGGAUCUACCACUCUACCACCUUACGCCGAAGUUAUCAAGCUAGACAGACUUGUGCACACAUCUCACAAUUCCCUUCCACCAUGUCUACAGCUCCGUUCAAUACUGCAAUCUCUUACCGACCAACCGGAAAAAUUAAUGCAACGCAUCUAUCUCGACACCAUAUUCCACUCCUCACGCUGCAUGAUCCACCGCCGCUAUCUACUCUCCGCUCGCACGAACUGCCACUAUAAAUACUCGCGGAAAUCAUGCAUUGACGCGGCUUUGCAAAUACUAAAGCAUCAAUCUAGCUUGCACGAAGAGACGCAGCCCGGUGGGCAGUUGUAUGAGUGCAGGUGGAGAGUCUCUAGUGUUGUUAAUAACGAUUUCCUCUUUGCGACUACGCUCCUUUGCCUUGAUCUCGAUUAUGACUUAGUAUAUGGGCCGCCGAACCCGGACUGCCUUUGUGACGCGGAUGUUGACAACAUGCAAAGAGCCAACAUUGUGAAAGCUCUACAGGAGUCGUAUAGGAUAUGGCGUUUUUCGAGUCAUUCUUCGAGAGAGGCACGGAAAGCUGCCGAGGCUGUGAGGAUUGUUCUGGGUAAAAUAGAAAGGAGUGACGGGAAUAAAGAAGUCAGGGAUAGCAAAAAGUUGGAGGCUACAUUUGGGACGAGUGGAACAGCGGCAAUUGGGACUCCACGUUCUUUUAAUCUACCACAGCAUCCUUGUUCUCCUUCCAGCAGCAGCGGUUUUAUGGCCUCCGUCGAUGGACAAGCCUCAACUUAUGUGGCUUCUACCAUACCGACGCCGUCUCCCACAAGCAUAAACAAGCUAGAAGAUCCAGCAGAUCCCGAUAAUUUUGGCUGGGAAACUUGGGCACGGGACUUUCCAGAACAAGACAUAGAUGAUUUUCUCAACAUUGAUUAUUCGAUGAGAUCUUUCGACUAUGACUUCCCGAUCUAA